UCAAAACCAGGAAAUACCUGUGGGCACUCAUGUUUGCGAGCUGCCAGGUGACGUUAGCUGAUUAGAUCAUUCUUCGGUUCAGUACGAAGGGGAGCUCCGUGUCACUUUUGGGAAUAAUUUUUAUUCGGAGUUCUACUGUACAUAGCAAUGGCACCGAGAGACAUACAGGAACAAACUGCUCUUAUUAUCCGAUGUCUUUUUGACGACAGCCCUGCUUCAUUUAGGAAUAUGUCAGAUAUCGAGCCGGACGGGACCGGAGACGAUGAUGACUUUGACCCUGUCAUAAUUGCUGAUCAACUCCGCAAGCUAGGGGAUGACUUUGAGGAGAAGUUUAUCCAGCCUCUUAUAAAAGAUGUACAACAGGCAGCAGCAAACCAGGUGGAGACGGCCUUUAGCAAUAGCGUGCAGAGCCUGUGUAAGACCUGGGUGGCAAAGGGAGCGGACGUGGCCCCUGAGAUGCGGAUGCUGAGAGCCUCGAUCUCGCUGGGACUAUACGUGAAGAGCAACUACCCGGAAAUGAUAGGCGUCAUCCAGAAUGCCAUGACCAGCUUCAUCAACAACCAUGUGGCCCCUUGGGUGGAUCAGGUCGGGGGCUGGGACAAUGUGGCUGAGUAAAGAAGUCCCACUGGGAAGAGCAGUCGCCAGCAUUAUCUGCACGUGGGGGCGUUUCUCCUCUGAAACCUUGUCCUGUGUUUACCUCAAAUGUAAAGGCUCUCGGGACUGAUUUCAGUUGGUGUUUUCCUCAAAUGCACCACCUGACUGUAACGACUGGAACAGGAGGGAGGCAGCGUCACCUGCUGGAGACCCAAUGCUGAGACUGAGUCAGAGACAAUGCGCAUUUGGAGAGAAAUCAUGGAUUUUAUGCUGCGCACUUGCUGCUAAACAUUCCUGCAGACACGAGGCCUCAACAUUCAGCAUUCAGUGUCUAAUGAGAGUGUGUGUAACCAAAAUCAAAAUGACUGCAUGAAUAAAAAAAAAUAACAAACUUCAUUAUGACUAUGCAAUUCUCAGGGAAUGUACACACCUGUAACCACAGCAGUAAUGUGGACUCCUUUUGGUUUUGGUUGCACUGUGUGAAUAGAGGUCUGGGGCAGAAAGUGGGUGAGAAUGUAUGAGUAAAGUAUCAGCUUUGGUUAUGGUUAUAGUGUAUGCAUCACAUCAACUUCUAAAAUCACUGGCCUGAUUCCUGAAGCAAUCUGUGCAUUCUGAAACUGUAUACAGCGCAGGUUAUUCAGUCUGAGACACAAGAUUUGAACAUGCCACAGUGUCAGAAUAAUCACUUUGUUUCUUACUGCUAUAAAUUAUUUGUCAGAAUUGAGUUUCAUCUUUUUGGGGUUGUCUCUCACAGUGGUCACCUACCUCAUCUAUGCAUUUGAUUUAGUAAACAGAACAAACUGGAUUCAUUGGUAUAUUUACCAGUCGCCAAAUAUAGUACAACAUCCUCCAACAAGGAAAAGGGUGUUCUGAUUCAAGCUGUAUUCCUAUUGCUGAACACUCAUCAACAGAGUCUUUUGA